CACUGCUCCUGCAGUUCACUUUUUCAUUUGUCUUUCAUCUUCUUUUUUUCAUCAAUUUCCUUCUUCUACAAUGGCCCCCGUUAUUCCCACCCAAGAAGCUCCGCUCCCUCCACCACCCGUGAAGAAGUUUUAUCUCUCCACACCCGACUCCAUCCAACCCGCUUCUCCCCGCUCGUUCCCCCACAGUAUCCCUGCCACUUCUCUCCUCCUCUCGCUCUCCCACCCAGAUCCAUCGACCUCCCCUGCCACAGCAUUUUUCCUCUCCUGUCUCCCCGAUCCUAUCCUCUUCCUCCACUAUGCGGCCGCAUUCAUUCAUCCGCGGUUAUCAUUGGGCAAUGGAGGUGGAUGGAGGCAUCAGUUGGUGGAGCUUGUAUUGGAGGAUAAGGAUGGAUUAGCGGCUACAAGUGGAGGACGAAUAGCGGUGAGUUUGAAUUGGGUACGGAACAUUAUGGACGAAGUACGGAAGGGCCAGAAGAGGGUGGAAAUGGCCGUCAAAGAGUUCAAAGGUGUUUUAUUGCAUGAAAUGGUGCACACAAUCCAACAUGAUGGCCAAGGAAGUACUCCCGGGUGGUUGGUUGAGUCUAUCGCAGAUGUCUGCCGUCUUUAUGCCGGGCUUGAUCCGCCGCACUGGAGAAAGCCAGGACAGGGGAAGAAGAAGAAGGGGUGGGAGGAUGGAUAUGAUGCUGGCGCAAGGUUUUUGGCUUGGUUAGUUGAAAACGAUGGAGGUACAGGAGAUGGCGGUGGGGUAAAUGGGCGUCAAGAACAUAUCCUUAUACCAUCUCAAUCGUCAACCUCGACAUCCGCCCCGCUCGCUCAAGCUACAAAAUACCCCGCUUCCUCCCAAACAUAUCAACAGCCAUUCCACCCGGUGCCUCCCUCUAAACCACGCUUAGGUCCCUUCCCUGACCUUUUACGACUUAUUGACUCUCGCUUGAUAUACGAAAAAUGGAACGAUUCGUGGUGGGAGGAAAUGACGGGGCAUAAAUUGGACAAGCUGUGGGAAGCGUAUUUGGCCUAUUAUGGAGAGAAGUAAUCAAGAUAAGCGUGAUGGAACCUGAAUCUUCAGGGAUAGUGUACAAGCCUAUACAUUGCCUGUGCAGGUUCAAAGGGCGUCAGGAGUACUCGAGACCAUAGUCUCCGCUGAUUGUUUCGUAUAAAAGUAGUACGAUCAAACAGAUCAGAUGGACUUAAUUAUGCGCCACUGUUGGCAGCAUACCACGAGGAGUGGUAGAGGAGAUUUUGGUAAUAAGGAGAGUGCCUUUGAAUUUAGGAUAAGAAAUAGGCGGAUAUACACUGAAUGACAUGCCAA